GUACUCGAUGCGCAGCUCGCUGCUUUGCCACGAGCAGGCUGCUUGUUUACUAUCGGCGCAAAAAUGGAGCGUCAUGAUACAGUUUUCCUAUCUACUUCUUCCUCAUGCUUGCAUCGCAUGGUAAUUGGCCACCACUAAGCCUUUGCUCCGGUUUGUAAAGCGAGCAGCCCCGCGCUGACGCGAUGGCCAGACGUCGAGGCGCAGCCUCCUCUGGCAUCGUCCGCCGAGCUGAAGCUACACGAAGAGCGACCCGCCCACCAGCCCAAAACACCCGGGUUACUCGAUCAUCAGCGAGCCAGGCCGAUGGCGAUGCCCUUGUGCCCGUCGUCUACAAGCAGAUGCUGCGCGAGUCUGGCGCAUUGCCCAGUCGCAUGACGUCAGAGGCUACUGAGCGACCCUUGAAGAGGCGGCGCACAGGUCGACAGGCUGCGCAAGAGAACACUGGGGAUAACGCCACCAGUGGCCCGAGUGUGCGGGCAAGCAGCGCACCGACUGCUGAAGACAAUGCGAGCGAGGAUGACGACGAGGACAUUGAGUUCGAGGAUGUCGAUAUACCCAAGCCGACCUUGCAAACCACCUAUCGCGACUCGAGCGACGAUGAGUCCGGAGAGGACGCCCAGUUCGAGGAUGUGGACUUCGAUGCGGUCUUUUCCAACAGCGAACAAGCCCCUGAGCAGUCAAGGACACUCGAGCUGAACCUAACUGCAGCCAAGGAGGCCCUGGCUCCGUCCAGGCGCGCCGCAGACCGCAGAAAACCAAUUACGAAGGAGGAGAAGGAGCUUCGUGUGGAGGUCCAUAAAGCACAUUUACUGUGUCUUCUAGCACAUGUCGAGAAGAGGAACCACUGGUGCAAUGAUCCAGUGGUGCAGGAGUCCCUACGACCCCUACUCACGGCCAAAAUUGUACAAUGGCUAAAUCCAGAGUCACAUCUCACCCAGUUCGGCCAGACUGAGUCCCUCAAGAAAGGCUUGCAGAUGAUCAUGGAGAAAUUCCAGAAGAGGUUUGCAGUCACGGAAAUCGGCUUGCGAAGAGCUCUAUGGGCCGAAGAUGAGAAGCAACUGGAAAAUUAUGGGCUGCCGGAUGAUAUCGAUUCUUGCCUGGAAAAGGCCGACUUCCGCAAAGCUGCCAAACGCUUGACUGGCUCGAGAGAUGUUGGUGCUCAACUAUUCUGUGCGUUGCUGAGAGCUGCAGGUGUGGAGACGCGCCUUGUCUGCUCGCUGCAACCUUUGUCUCUUGCCCCCGGCGGCCCUACAUUGCCCAAGACUCGCCAAGCAAAACCGCCUCCCAGGCCACCUGCGGUCACGGUAGAGGUGGCACAAGCAGAACAACCUGCGUCUGCCGCGGUCCCGUCCCCUCGUGCCCGCCUCGGCCACCCGAAUGCCGCCGCCUACAUUGUCCCAGAGAUCUCCGCGCCUCCAGAAAAUGCCAUGCCCCGGAUUCCACCGAGGCAGCCCCAUCCCCCGCGCGAGUCUGAUUUCCCAGUGUACUGGGUCGAGGUCCUUGAUGCAGCCCAUCAGAAAUGGCAGCCCGUAGACGCCCUUGUAACCUACACCCUGUUCCGUCCUAACAAAAUCGAACCACCGGCCGCAGACCGUGCGAACUGUCUCACCUAUGUCAUCGCCUUUGAAGAAGAUGGCUCCGGCAAGGAUGUAACGCGACGGUACACCAAGGCUUACAAUGCCAAAACCAGACGCAUGCGUGUCGAUGGUCCAUUGAUUCCCGAGGAUAGUGGCAGGAAGUGGUGGCGCAAGGUCAUGCGCCGCUACAGGCAGCCCGGGCACCGAAGCGACCUGGACCAGAUCGAGGACAACGAGCUCAGCGGCUUCGAGGCGAGGGAACCAAUGCCUCGCAAUGUGGCGGACUUCAAGGACCACCCCGUCUAUGCCCUCGAGCGCCACAUGCGGCGUCACGAGGUCCUCGCGCCGGAUGCGCCAGUCGUUGGCAAGGUCGGGGCAGGCAGCAAGGGCCCGCUGGAAAGGAUCUACCGGCGGCGGGAUGUUCGUGCUGCCAAGAGCGUGGACAAAUGGUACCGCUUGGGCAGGGAGAUCAACCCCGGAGAGGAACCGGUCAAGGUCUUGCCGAAGCGGAAAAGACCACAGCGUAGGGGCAGGAGGGCCUUUGAUGACGACCAUGGUGACAGCAGCAGCAGCAGCGACGAUCCCGUGCUGGGGCCCAAGCCCUCAAAAGGCGUGCCAAUAUUCACCUUCGACCAGACGUCACUCUACGUCCCGCCGCCUGUCGUCGCCGGCCGUAUCCCCAAGAACAAGUUUGGCAACCUCGACCUCUAUGUGCCUAGCAUGGUACCCGCCGGCGGCGCGCAUAUUCCUCAUCCGCGCGCGGGCCACGCCGCCCAUAUCCUGGGUGUGGAUUAUGCGCCGGCACUAACGGGGUUUGACUGGAGGGGCCGUAAGGGUACGGCCGUUUACAAUGGGGUCGUCGUCCCGGCUGAAGCCGAGGAGGGCGUGAGGGCUGUCAUCGAUGGUUUCGAGGACCUGGAGGCCAUGCUGGAGGAGGAGAAGAGGAGCAAGAGGGCCUUGGCUGCCUGGAAGAGGCUCUUGAAGGGUAUGCGGAUUCGUAAGAGCGUCUUUGGGGAUGAGGACAUGUUUGAUGAGUCCAUACCCUUGGAAGAUUUCCCAGUGGACGCGACCGAGGAUGAGGAGAUGGACAGCAACGAUCCAGAUCAAGAUGGUGGAGGCUUCGAGCCUGAAUACAGUCAGGCGGGCGGCUUUGAGCCGGGGGGAUUCGAACCUGGAGGUUUUGAACCUGGUGGGUUUGAACCUGGUGGUUUCGAGCCAGGAGGGUUUGAACCUGGCGGUUUUGAACCAGGCGGGUUUGAGCCUGGUAGUUUCGAGCCUGACAACCCCAACAUGGAUGUCAAAGGCAAAGGCAAAGCGACCGAAUACGAUCCCGAUCACCGUCCGGUUCCAACGCCUGAAGAGACCACGGUCGCCACUCGCCGGCUGCGUGUCAGGAGGCGUGUGGUUGAAAGUGAUGACGAGGAGAUGGAAGAUGAGCAGGAUGCCGUAGCUGCGGCCGAGGCGACUGAGUCUGGUGAUCACAACAUGCAACCUGAAACGGAGAGGGCAGAGCCAGGCGGUUUCGAGACCGAACCAGCCUUACAGGAUCCUCCAGCCGUGGAAGAGACAGAACCAAUUGUCACCGCUACCGGGACCAUUGGCGGCACUACACAAGAAGAUACAGACAUGGACGGCACUGAGACCGGCGGGGAUCUCGGAGCUGCUAUCGACGGCACCACUGACGCCGAUGUGGAGACAGUGGGAAAGCCUGGUGAUCCGGAAGAAGUGCGUGGCGAGGUGGAAAGGAGCCAACCAGACAACGAUGAGGAUCCUGAUUUGGAGGAUGCCGCUAGUGAUGUCACGGAAGAGUUAUAUAUGGACGAGGACGGGUCCCUUAUCGAGUAAGACUGGGGACCGGUUAGGUGGCUUCUAGGACGUCCUGUGGGGAGAACUCAAGGUCGAUAUUUUGGUGACAUAUACUUUGAUACCCACGAAUUAUGAAUACUGAUCAAGUCCAUGGCCUGUGC